AUGGAAAGUGAAGCUUCGCGCGAAGAAAGGCUUUUGGCUGGAAAAAAAAAGCUUAAAAAAUUUCAAAAGAAGAAGGCCACAGGUGUCACAGCAGACGCUUCCUCUGCGGCAGCUCGUAGGAAAAGUUCUGAUUCCGCAACAGCCUCAAGUACGAGAAGAUCGAGCGUCACUUCAGACUCUGGGAGUGCUAAAGCGGAAGGGACGGAGGGGAAAGUGCAAGAAACCGUCGCGAGUGCUGACGACGACUCCAAGAUUGAGAAUAGUUUAUCAAGUGAAGUUUUAAAAGACUCUCUUCCUUCGGACACCAGCCAAGCGACGCAUAGUUCACUCGUCGAAGGCCAUCAACCGAUCACCCAUUCUCAUGCACAACAGUUGCAAACAGAUAUUUUAUCAAAACCGAUUGACAUAGCCCCCGCCGAAAAUACGCCUUCAUUAACCGGCAUAUCCGGUGAUGAACCAGUUCCUUAUGAAUCCCUCGCCAACAUAUGUAGCAUGCAACAGCAAACCAUUGCUUUGUUGGUUGAGGAAAAGACAGCGCUGGUAUCGGAUCUUGAAAAGUAUUCGGCGAUGGCCGACCGAUUUAAGAGCAGUGAGGAGUUUUUGGAAGAAGGCCGAAUGCUGGUUGAUGCUCUACGACGGCAAAAUGGAGAAUAUGAGGAAAAGGUUAAGAAUAGUGAGGAGCGAUUGAGGGAAGUGGAGGAAGAAAAGGAAAAGAUAAUAGAAUCUCUACAGUCGCAGAAUGCGCGCGUGGAACAACUUGAAAAGGACAACAAACAGCUUUUAUCUCAAUUGAAUACCAAAGAUUCCAUAGUUGAACAGUUAACCGCGGAAAGGGCUAAGAUUCGGACCACUUCGGAGGAGGUCGAAACACUUCAGAAGUCUCUUCAGGAUAAAGAAGAUCGUUGUGAGGCUCUGGAAAUUGAAUUAUCCAACCUACGACACCAAUUCACUAGCGUAGAACAAGAGCUUAGGGAAAAAGGAAAUAAGUUGUUGGAAACUGAACAAGAUUCACGUGAAAGGCAUUCGAAAUUUGAAUCGAUGGCUAGUCAAAUUCAAUCGCUUACCGAAGUCAACAGUGAUGUUAGUCAAAAGUUGGCAAAUAAAUCAAGCGAACUUGAAGUAAUGUCACGUGAAUUCUCAGAACUUACCGAGCAACAUUCGAUGAAAUCAUCAGUGAUCGAAGAGUUGCAACGCGAUCGUGACAGCUUGAAACUGGAAUUGGAAGCAUCGCAAUCGGAGAAUUCCAAGAUGACCAAACGCAUUAAAGAUCUUACGACCAAGAUUGAUGGUCUGUCAUCGGAUAAUCGUAAUCUAUUAUCUCAGUUAACCGAACUGAGGGAAAAAUUUGUGGAAAUAAGCAAUGAAAAAUUGGUAUUGGUAGAAGAGGUAGAGAAGGAGAAAUUGAGAGCCAGCAGGUUAGAGCGGGAGGUUUCGAAAAUACAAGAACAACUUUCUCUAAAGGGUGAUACAUUAAAGAUGAAUGGAAGUACCCGUGAGAUUAACCCUAAAGUAUCAGCAAACUACAUAUCGAACCAAGAGCUACAUUUGAAACAUCAGAAUGAUUCAAUACCGAACAAAGUUAUCUCUUCACAGCACAUUGUAAAUCAUCGAUACGCACUUUCUCAGUUUAGCAGCGAUUUCGAGAUUGGAAAGUGUCCGGGAUGCAUCGGAGAAGUUAUUAUAGUAUAA